UAUUUCACUCUCAUCCUUUCUCCCUCAUUUCUCAAACAUCUCACUCACUCGCACACACGCUCGCACACACGCCUACAUAUCUCUUCUCGCUCUGCUCAGAGCGCAACAAUGGUGAGAGGCUCAUCUCAGUCCCAGUCCACGGCCUCCGCGACCUCCAGACCCGGCGUCGUUGCUCCGCGCGGCUCCGCGGCUGCGACGGCCGGUAUGCGCCGCCGUAGAGUCAGCGGCGCGUCCGGUGCCACCGGCUCCGGCGCGAUCAGCGCCGGCUCAGGCGGCGGCGGAAACAUGCUGAGGUUCUACACGGAUGACGCCCCUGGAUUGAAGAUCACGCCGACUGUCGUGCUUGUCAUGAGCGUCUGCUUCAUCGGCUUCGUCACCGCCCUCCACGUCUUCGGCAAGCUCUAUCGCCGAUCCGGAGAUGGAGCUUAGCUCUGUGUUCGGAUUCCGAGCUUUGAUUGCUGUGCUGGAGGCUUAGUGAUGAGUGAUCUUGCGUUCCUGAUCGGUAACUGAAUGCUACGUUUCUCCUUUUUACUCUGUACAUUUUCGCAAGCUUGUACUUCAUAGGGUUUCCAUUUUGUUGAUUCCGGAUUCUGCGGGUUUUACUUUGAAGGAAACGAGUGAGUUUUGAUCUUGCUUGCUUUUCAAUCAUCUCAUCUGCUCUUAUUUGCUCAAAUUUUAUUGGAAUAAAUCCUUUUAUCGUUUGAUA